UAGACCGUCAACUUUUUCUGGCAUUCCUUAAAGAGUUUGGUGCGAAACUUUGUUGUGUUUUCAACCGUUUUUUGUACAAAGCUCGAGUUAACACCAAUAAAAGCGCAGACAAAAUUUUCAACUUUAUUGAAACGAGGUGGUGGGAGAAUAUCUUUUCGGUGUUCUUGAAUUAAACAUUGACGAAUUCGUGCAAAUUGGGUGCUGAUGAAACUUUUGAAAUUCCGACCCUAUGCGCUUCCAUAACAGUACAGGUCUCAAACGCAAUUGAAAUCGUGUGUAUUUGCUGAGAACUCAAGCCGCAUUUGAAGCGAUUUUCGUUGGCUUACUGUGGAAGUGGAUAUUAAGUUUGAAGAUACUGGUCGUUCAACACAGCACAGAUUGUGUCAGUCGAACUCUCGAGCACCUAGACUUCCGUAUCUCUUCAUCGUAAGUGGAUCAAGUGCCUACUUUUAACAUCGUGUGAAACUCUUCAGAGAAGGCGUGGAGCAGAUUUCGAGGUGAUGAAUUUACAUUAAAUUGUUGUAUUCAAAGUCAAUCGAAGUCUAUUUCAAGCAAAAGGAGUUUUAUUCAAACUCUGAGGCAGGAGUUGUGAGACUCCUAAGGUAUAUAUUAAAUCGCCAGUGAUCUGUACAAUUCACAGACGCAGCGUGUUUUUGUUCCCAACUACCGGGCUAAGAAAAAAAACAGCCGAAAACUCAUCUCUAACAUAGUUGGCACUCGCGUGUUAACCGACUACUCUUAUAAGUGGAUUAACUCCCAAACGCUAAUUGCUUCACCAAUCCACAACUGCGCUGCAGCACUACAACGGCUUGUUGCUGCUGUGACAAUAACAAGACCGGGAAUCGCUGGUUAGCGGCUUAAAAAACACCAUCCUUUCUACGUCAGGCAAAGAUCUGUGUCGAGUACUCUAAUCCUAACCUUACGAUCCAACGCCCAAAGACAUUUUUUGCAACUUCUGGGCGAAGUAUCAGGAUUGUGUGUUCAGAACUCUCUAUACGAAAGCGCUCAAUCCCUCUAGAACUACCUCGACUGCGCUACUGAAAACAUGUCUAAUUUCACCACACCCGAGAAAAAUGCUGUGGACUUUUACUACAUUUUCACCGUGCUCAUAAUCUGCGUCUUCAUAGUCGUCGCGUUCGUUGGUAACCUGAUUGUGAUCGUAGUUUUCUUCUCAACCAAGGAACUUCAAACACAAGUCAACUACUUCCUAGCCUCGUUGGCCUUUGCAGACCUUCUCACGGCUGCAUUCCCGAUGCCCAUGUGGUUGGCGUACAGGAUUCGCAAUUACAAGCCAUUCAGCUUGGCCUUGUUCAAAGUCUGGCGUUGCGCGGACCUGACAUUUUGCACUGCGUCGAUUUGGAACCUUUGCGCAAUCAGUAUCGACCGAUGUCUCGCAAUAUCCUGGCCAUUUCGACACCGCGCUUUCCUCACGCCAUUUCGCAUAAAGUGCGCGGUCGCUCUCGUAUGGGGAUACUCGUGCACAAUAACGAUCCUCAUUACCGACACCGUGGUAUGGAAGAAACGCGGUCUCCUGAUAUCCCUAUUGUCCUAUUAUAUCCCCACGGUGAUCAUAAUUGUCGCCUACCUCACCAUAUACGUGUCGCAGGUGAAAUCAAGGUUCGAAUUCUCACAGCGGGAAAAUAUCGAUGUGUCCUCGACAAAUCGCACGAAGCAAGAUAUAAGAAUGGCCAAGUAUAUGAUUCUGCUCAUUGCGUCAUUCCUAAUCUGUUGGGCUGGCCAUUUUAUAAUGGGUACCAUGUACGCGUUCACCGUUCCCAAACUCCACCCGUUCGUCAAGGACUGUCUAAAAGCGAUGAGCUACCUUAACUCGGCCAUGAACCCAUUUCUUUACGGUUACGUCAGCCCAAAGUUUCGCGUAGCGUUCAAGGGAAUCUUCCGCCGUCGUCGCCCUAAAAACUCGCGUCACGCGUGGGGUCAAAUGAGUCCCGCGCGAGGUGCAAUAUCGCAAAAAACCUCGACGACGAAACUCGUGGAACGGCCUUCGACAGGAUCGCAAGAGAGCGCAGUUUAAACUGAACUGCCGAAUUACUAGUUUGA